CUCGCACCGUUUUGUAACCUUUCUUCUUUCCGAUCGAACAUUACUUUUUUUACCGUUCCCAUCAAAGCUGUUGCAAAAGGAAAGAAAGUUUCAUUUAAACCGUAAAAAUGAGUCACACAAUAUUGCUCGUUCAGCCCAACAACAAACCUGACACAAGGACAUACAGUGACUAUGAGUCAUUAAACGAAUGUUUAGAAGGCAUUUGCAAGAUAUAUGAGGAGCACUUGAAACGACAUAACCCAGACUGUCCCAGCAUUACGUAUGACAUCAGCCAGUUGUUUGACUUCAUCGACCAGCUCAUGGAUCUCAGCUGUCUAGUAUUCCAGAAGAACCUAGGCAUGUACAUCCCACACAACAAGGACUGGCUUAAAGAGAAGAUCUACAUCAUGCUUCGCAAGCAGGCAGGCAAAUAGGGGAGACAACUUGUGUGAUAACAUCAACAUGGGAGGACUGUGUGUAGAGAUUUGUCACUUUCAGCAAGGUUUAUUUUCGGGAAAGCUGAUUGGAGUUGAACUCUUGAAAAUAAUUUAAAAAUGUUAAGGAAAAAGAAAUCAGUGAAUAAAUUUAAGAAAUGUUUAGAAAAAAGAAAUCAGUGAAUAAAUUUUAUGGAUGUUCUAUUAUUAUUGAACACCCAAGUUCAUUUUGUUACAGAAUUUUACAAUAAGAAAAUAAUUGCGUCCUGUUUUUUAGGAAGAAAUUCUGUUGGAAAUAAGUUUCUUAGAUAUGAAAUUUUUUACUUUCUGUUUUAUGUUUGUAAAUUUAAUUUGCUAUUGAAUCGCCAUUCAUCAUUUUCUUUUGAGGUCUUGUUUUUGUUUUGUGAAUUACAUUUGCAAGUGAAGGCACUGAUAUCACAGACAUUCAUUUUAGAAAAACAAAUAGAAUAUAGAUUUUUGUAAUGUGUAUAUUACUAAGAUUUUAUGCUAUCUUAUGUACGGUAAUCAUGUUUUGUUCUUUAUUUCAUUUCUAAAUAAGGGUUGACAUACAUUUACAGCAGUGUUCAAUGUUAAACAUUAGAGUUUGUUUUUUGUAAACCUAAAAUGCAAUACCCACUAAAAAUAUCAUUUUCCCAUCAUGUGACAAUAGCAGUAAAGUAAAACAAUGUGGUAUUCAUCAAACCUGAACUGUGUGUGUUUGUCCAUGGAAAUGCAUCUCACCAGAAGCUGGUAUCACUACUUCAUGUACAUUAAUGUAAAUUUAUUAUCAACAUCUCAUUGGAAUUAAAAUGUUAAAGAAAACUUC